AUGACUCCGACAAGUUAUCUAUGUGCAUUUAUGGGCACAGUGAAGAUCAUUACCAUCAGCAACUCUAUUAUCUAUUGCACUCUUUACUUUCAACUGAUACAAGUGAAACUGCAGACAGUAGCACAGGACAAUUCGUUCCACGAAGAAAUGAAAACGAUCGUUAUGUUGCAUCAGGAUGCGCUCAACUGUGCAAAGUUGUUGGAGUCCAUCACAUCUUUAGUGCUGUUGCAACAGCUCCUCCUAUGCGUUUUCAUCUGGUGCUCCAUGCUUCUUUACUUCACCGUGUCGGGAUUCAAUGUUAACUUUAUGAACCUGUUCGUCUUGUUUAUGUUUGACACAACCGAAACAUUUGCAUACUGUUAUCUCGGAGAGCAGCUUUCCAACGAGAGUGCUCGUGUUGCCCGUGUCGUUUACGAAUGCAGCUGGGAAGUGCAGACUCUCGCUAUACAGAGAGAUCUUAAGCUAGUGCUUGCUCGGGCUCAAGCUCCAGUCGGAAUUACCGCCGGGAAGUUUUGUUUCAUGAACAUGCAGCAGUUUGGCAUUGUACUGAAAACAACCUACUCGUGCUUUGUAGUACUGAGAGAACAGUUAUAA